GAUGCGUGGGGAGAUAGAUUGUGCCUUGAGUCACUCAAUGCCAAAGCUGUAGUUGAGGAGUUGAGAUUUGAUGUGUGAUAAAAUGUUGUUCAAGUAUUAUUACUAUAAUACAAUAUUCCCGUGUAGUAUGCUAUGAUUUCACUUUUAUGUGAAACCUGCUAUUUUAGAAGUUGCUCUGGAUGUGAGAAGUUUAAGACGCCCCUACUUUACACGGCACAGGACGAACUCCUGGAAUAUUUCUGUCGACUUGGGGCGUCCUAAGGUAAGCCUCCUAUGUUUAUACUGGUAUAUUAGGUCCUGUCUCUUGUGAAUGGGACUAUAUCUCUAAGCACUUCCUUCAAUAACUUCAACGAUUUCAGCGGAAUCUAAUCCAACUCUCUAUCGCCUGCAGAUCUAAGAUUAUAAACACUACCUGCACUUGCUUCUUUACAAUAUAAACAGCCAAAGGUAUUUAGAGACCUAGCUCCUGGGGAUCUUACGCUAUAAAUUAAAGUUAUAUCUGUGCAGCCGUCAAAAUUAUGUCCUCCCAAAACUCUAGACGCUCUCAAGUUGGUCAAAGCUCAAGCUCUAGAAAUUUUAGAUAUUCAACAACCCAAGAGAGCAUAGCUCAAAUCAUCGAAUCACUCAACGCGCACCGUGUAAAUACGCUCACGGAGCUCUGUAGAAUUGAGCGAUUAGCUGCAGCUUCCAAUGAAGAGGAGCUACUUCUCAUUCGAGAUGCCUUGACUACAGCUUGGACUUAUUAUGUCACAUCCCACAAUUUACUCAAUGAACUCCGUAAUUUGACGCCAAAUUACACUUUCAGCAACGAUCUACUUGAUGAUGCCAAAUGGAGGGUGGCUAGCGAUUCGAACAGUGACAGAGGUUGGAAUUACGCCUGGCUGAUCUUGACCAAAAUACAUGAUGCCGGGAUGAUCCAAACACAUGCGGAAAGUGAAGCGGCCAAACCCGAGAUGUGGGGAGGUCGGUAUCCAGAAGCCGAGGAGGCAGCUCAGCUCGCUGCUUGCUUUGAGUAUGAGUGGCAGGAAGCCCUGGAUCGAAUGUUGAGACAUUGGAUGACUCCUCCAACUAAUUCUGGAUACUAAACUCAGCAUCUGUGUAUCUCUUGGGUACUUAUGAGCAAGAAAAAUGGCGAUCAACCA